UUCCAGCCUCGUUCUGACAGCCAGGUGAACGGGACGACGACGCCAUGUUGAGAGAGAACGGAAGUGAAUCGUUCUGCUGUUAAAAACAUACUUUGAAUUUUUGUCAAAAGAAUCUUUGAAGAGGAGGUGGACACUUGAAAAGUAAAGAGUAACCCACAACGCAUUUGGGCCGGACUAGUCUUAUAUUCUACGCGCGAGAUAGCGCUCAUCCUGCUUGUGGGACUCUUUGUAGUGCAACUUUGUACUGACAGCGUAAAAUCACUACACGGAGUGGUUGUAAGUUACAGUUCGGGACUUGAAGAUGCCCCUGGCACAGUUUGCGGACCCUUGGAGGAAGUUGCCCGUGGGGCAUGUGGAAAACGAGGAUGACUCCUUGGUUGAUGAUGAUGCUCCUGUUCAAGAUGAGGGCGUAGUCAAGGAAAUCAGUAUCACUCACCAUGUCAAGGAGGGAUCGGAGAAAGCUGACUCACGACAGUUUGAGCUCUGCAAGGUGCUGGGCCAGGGCUCUUUCGGAAAGGUGUUCCUUGUCAAGAAGAUAACUGGCCCAGAUGCAGGACAGCUCUAUGCCAUGAAAGUGCUAAAGAAAGCAACAUUGAAAGUACGAGAUCGAAUGCGUACAAAGAUGGAGAGAGACAUCCUAGUUGAGGUCAACCACCCAUUCAUUGUUAAACUGCACUAUGCAUUUCAGACAGAAGGGAAACUGUACCUGAUUCUGGACUUCCUCAGAGGAGGAGAUCUCUUCACUCGCCUGUCCAAAGAAGUGAUGUUUACAGAAGAAGAUGUGAAGUUCUAUCUUGCAGAGCUGGCUUUAGCUUUGGACCAUUUACAUGGACUGGGAAUCAUCUACAGAGACCUCAAACCAGAAAAUAUUCUCUUGGAUGUAGAGGGACACAUUAAACUUACAGACUUUGGGUUGAGUAAAGAGUCCAUUGACCAUGAGAACAAGGCAUACUCGUUCUGUGGUACAGUGGAAUACAUGCCUCCAGAGGUUGUCAAUCGCAGAGGUCAUACCCACAGUGCUGAUUGGUGGUCCUACGGCGUGCUAAUGUUUGAAAUGCUGACCGGAACACUUCCAUUUCAAGGGAAAGACCGCAAGGAGACCAUGACAAUGAUCUUAAAGGCUAAACUGGGCAUGCCUCAGUUUCUCAGCCCCGAGGCCCAAUCCCUGCUCCGCAAUCUGUUCAAGCGCAACCCUGGCAACCGCUUAGGAGCGGGGCCUGAUGGAGUUGAAGAGAUUAAGAGACAUUCAUUCUUUUCUACCAUUGACUGGAAUAAAUUAUUCAGGAGGGAAAUUCAUCCUCCCUUUAAGCCAGCCAUCGGGAGAGCAGACGAUACGUUCUACUUUGACUCUGAGUUCACUGCCAAAACCCCACGAGACUCUCCAGGUAUCCCUCCAAGUGCCAAUGCUCAUCAACUCUUCAGAGGAUUUAGCUUUGUUGCCACGGGAGCAGAAGAAGAGAGUCAGCCGCCCAUUCAGAGCAACAUCAACAUGAGCAGCAUACUGCAGCAACCCCACCGGAGUACACUUCAGUUCACGGAUGUAUAUGAUGUUAAAGAAGACAUUGGUGUGGGCUCCUACUCCAUCUGCAAACGAUGUGUGCACAAGAGCACAGGCAUGGACUAUGCUGUCAAGAUUAUCAAUAAGGAGAAGAGGGAUCCAGCGGAGGAGGUUGAGAUUCUACUAAGAUAUGGGCAACAUCCCAGCAUCAUCACUCUGAAGGACGUGUAUGAUGAUGGGCAAUCGGUUUAUCUGGUCACAGAGCUUAUGAAAGGUGGGGAACUACUGGAUAAAAUCCUCAGACAAAAGUUCUUCUCAGAGAGAGAGGCCAGUGCUGUCCUACACACCAUUACAAAGACUGUUGAGUACCUACAUGCCCAAGGGGUAGUACACAGAGACUUGAAGCCCAGUAAUAUUCUUUAUGUGGAUGAGUCGGGAAACCCAGAGUCCAUCAGGAUUUGUGAUUUUGGCUUCGCAAAACAGCUCAGAGCAGAAAAUGGACUUCUAAUGACACCGUGCUACACUGCUAACUUUGUUGCUCCAGAGGUCCUGAAGAAACAAGGCUAUGAUGCAGCAUGUGAUAUCUGGAGUCUAGGAGUUCUCCUUUAUACCAUGCUUGCAGGGUUUACUCCAUUUGCUAAUGGCCCAGAAGAUACGGCAGAGGAGAUUCUGGCUCGGAUUGGCAGUGGGAAAUUCUCCCUGACCGGUGGAUACUGGAAUUCUGUAUCACUUCAGGCCAAGGACCUGGUAUCAAAGAUGCUUCAUGUUGACCCUCAUCGGAGAUUGACUGCUGCUCAGGUUCUUCGUCACCCGUGGAUUAUUAACAAGGACCAGCUGCCCAAAUACCAACUCAACCGCCAGGAUGCCCCUCAUCUAGUGAAGGGUGCAAUGGCAGCCACUUAUUCAGCUCUAAACAGAAAUGUUCCUCCUGUACUGGAUCCAGUUGGUUGUUCCACACUAGCUCAGCGCCGUGGUGUCAAAAAGCUGACCUCUACUGCCCUCUGACCUCUCAAGUCUAACCCCAGACUACAAAAGGCACAUAAGUGUGUGAGUCGUGCGGUGGAAUGACAGUCCAAUCAAAAAACAAAAAACAGCACACAUUUGUUUAGCUUUUGUCAUUUUGCAUUGCUGCAUCACGUAGAAUAUUAUACAAAUCUCUUAAGAGAUUAUUAAAUCUAUGUACAAUUGUUUUAUCAAAGUGCUAUAUAAAUUUACAUAAUAUGGAAAUAUAUAUGAAUAUAAAAGUAUUUCUGUGAGUCUGUGUUGGGAAAUAAUACUGUAUGAUGUUGAGAGCCUGGGAUACACAGUUUGUUUUCUGUAUUGUGUUGAUGCUAUGUCUAGAAACUGCAUGGACCAUACUAUUAUUGAUGGCCGAUCAUAGCUGUGCCUACCCUCUUCAUUACAGACCUCACAUGCUGAAACAGUUUACUAGAAUGCCUCUCUUCUUAUAACAAAAGAGCUAUCAAUCAGUAAUACCACUGUAUGCAACUUCAAGUGGUGUCUUAACAUACUGCUGUGUUGAAACCAUUUGUGUAAAAUCAAAGAAAACUAAGCAAUUACACUUACAAUCCUCAAAGUGUGUGGCUAGACAUGUUGAGUGAAUGACAAACCAAGUAUUUCAUGUUAAUAUAGUGUUGUAAUAAGGCAAAGUUGUCCGAACAACACCCUUUGCCAUGCACAUUGUUUGAAUAUGUCUUAAAGGAAUAUUCUGGGUUCAAUACAAGUUAAGCUCAAUCGAUACAUUUGUGGCAUAAUGUUGAUUACCACAAAAAAUAAUUUUGACUUGCCCAUGUUUUUCUUAAAAAAAAGCAAAAAUCAAAGUCACAGUGAGGCACUUACAAUGGAAGUGAAUAGGGCCAAUUUUUAGAGGGUUUAAAGGCAGAAAUAUGAAGCUUAUGAUUUUAUUAAAGUACUUACAUUAAUUCUUCUCAUAAAGCAUAUUAUUUGAGCUGUAAAGUUGUUUAAAUAGUCAUUUUUAUAGGCGUUUUAGGGUUUGUUGACAUUAUAUAAUCAUGGCAACAAAGUUGAAAAAUUGGCUAAAACUUUACACAAACAUUUAGUAAACGAUUUUAUCACACUAAAACCAUGCUAACACGCAUAUUGUUUGCGCCUUGCUGCUAUACUUUUAAAAUGGUGAGUAUUUUAAUGUUUAUGGAUUGACCCUAUUCACUUCCAUUGUAAGUGCCUCACUGUAAAUGUAUAUUAUUGCUUUUUUUUUUUUUUUUUUUUAAGAAGAAAAAAGAGGGGCAAGUAAAAAUACAUUUUUGUGGUAAUCAACAUUAUGCCACAAAUGCUGUCGAUUUAACUUAACUUGUAUUGAACCUGGAAUUCCUUUAAAGGGCAUUAGAUUUACCAAAAAAGAAAAAUAAUUCCAUAUAGUGACCUCAUUCCUUGAAUUUUCUUCCUCUGCAGCAGACCAAUAUCUUUUAGAGAAAACUAAAAAGCUGUUCCUGUGAAUAAAUAUGAGACCAUUUGUAUGCUGUAUCUCUUACUGGAAAUGGUAAAGAUAUGCAGGAGCUAGCAGUUUGUACCCAGAAUGACCAGUAAACUGCUGACUCACUGCAAAUAAUUUGUAACACUUUUUUUUUCUCUGUUUAUUCUCUCUGUGAAAUUAAAGGGAAAUGUGUUGGUUGUAUUAAUCAAGGUUGUUUCAUUGUUUUUCCAAUCAUAAUUUCCUCAGAUUAUUCAGAAUUAAUUAUUUUUGUACUAGCAGAUGAACUGUUUUCUAUGUUUAUGAAUAUGUGUGAGGCCACAGGUUUGAUGAGACUUGUGUUCUAAUUUUAUCCUGGAGUUAUUUUUGAGAAAUGUGCCCUUUUUUUCUUCUUUUUUUAUUGCUGCUGCUGUAAUGUAACAAUCACAGUGGAAAUGAUAAAUAUGUCUCUUUCCUAGCCUCUGUAAUGUCCCAUCAUUGGCCAUACUUUAAAGCACCUCAAGUUAACACAUUUGUGCUUAGUAGAGCAGUUUAUUCCUGUGGUGGAAAAUCAAAGCUUAACCAAAAUAACAAAUCUUGCUAUACAAUUUUAUAUUUUCUUUUUAUAUAUACUUAAACGACGUAGCUGUCGUAGCUGUGUAAUUGUCUUCCAUUAACAUGUAUCUGGGAUAUUGUAUUUCUAGUGUCUUGGGAUUAUAAAUAAAGUGUUUAUGACGCGCAGGCGUAGUGUUCUAAGCGGAAGUAUUUACAGGAAUCCAACGUCUUCCUUUAAAUUAUUGAUUUCUUACUCAACGUUUAAGUUAUAUGACAUCACUGAACUACAACCACAGUUUUAGUAAACGAACAUGCCAAAGAAUAAAAGAUAACAAAGCAGAUGUCAUUUUGAAGUACAAUGCGGAUGAGGCCCGCAGUCUUAAAGCCUAUGGAGAGCUUCCUGAACAUGCUAAAAUCAAUGAAACUGACACAUUUGGACCUGGAGACGAUGAUGAGAUUCAGUUCGUUGAUAUUGGAGAUGACGAUGAGGACAUUGAUAUCUAAAUCAGAAGUGAGGAGUGCUGGUGGGCUAUAUUGUUUACACUGAGAAGAGAGGACACUUCCUUGUUGGGACAAAUUGCAACUUGGGCCUUACUGAUGGCCCACAUCCUACUGGAGCCUCCUGAGAAACACUCAGAGACUUAUUGCUUAUUAAUCUGUUUCUCUCUCGCGCCACACAACAAUCUCACUACAAGGCUUCUCUGAGGAUUUUGCCUGUCAAGUAAAUCUCUCUCACACAUUCACAAACACACAACAUAGACUGCAUAUUUUUGUUAUCGUUUUAGAGUAUUUAUAUUGUAUUCCUUUGUAUGUGGUGGAAUUUAAAACUCAAAGAAAUCAAAAAUGUAAAUAAAAUCAAGCCUUUUGUGUAUCUUGAUUGAACUUUCUUGCUGUGUAUAUUUUGCUUUUUUAUAUUUUAUUAAAAAAAAAAUCUUUGAA